AUGGCUUCACCAUCAACAUCUCUUGCCAAGGCCAACUCCAUCUUCAAUCUGGCGCUGUUCAAACAGCUGAGUGAGGAUGACCAAAAAGCGAAUAUCUUCUACUCUCCUUUCAGCAUCUCCUCAGCUCUAGCUAUGGUGAUGCUGGGGGCCAGAGGCAACACUGCUGCACAGAUGUUAGAGGUAAAAACACACGCUGAAACACACUUUCAAUACAGUGAGAAAUUCUCACAGUCCUAAAGAAACCUGUUUGGAACCCAGUCAAGUGUUCAGGGGCCGUUAAAAUAAUGGAUCAGGUUCACUGAGGUGCUGGAAUGAGGCCAUCCCUUUCACAGCUGGAUAAAUGCCCAUAAAAAUGUUGUGGGUUCAGGUUUUCAGGUUCUGUCAUGUGCACAGAAAAACUGAAAUAAUUCUUACAGCAUUUUCAUACAGGGAUGUUUCUACUCAUGCCUUUUUAUUCCAUUUAUUCAUGAUGCUUAAAGGUGGGGUAGGCAGAAUCUGAGGAAGUGGCAGUUAUUGGGAGAAAUCUUGAAUGUUAACACUACCUCUCCUGCCAACCAGUUUUCCCCUCAGCUCCUCCUCUCCCCUCCCUUUCUGCUCCAAAAAGCCCCGCCCAAAGGUUUCCAAAGGUGGAUUCAAACAAUUUUCUGUACUUUCUGUCUUUAUCUCCAUUCCGGGUGAUCUCUCUGGUGGUUUACUUUACUAGCUCAUAGCUUCUCUUAGCUUAGUUUCUCUUAGCUUCACUUGCUAACGAUGGCCUCCCCCCGGUCUCCUGUUUCUCCUGCUCGCUUCUGCUCAGUGUGUCAGAUGUUUAGUUACUCCUCGUCCUUCUUUGACGAUAACGAUACCUGAUUUAAGUGUAGUUUAUUCUUAGCUCUGGAGGCGAGGAUUACAGAGUUGGAAAAGUGGCUCCGCACCGAUGCUAGAGUAGCGGUAGCCAGCCAGGACCUGGUAGCCGGUGCGGGUCGGCCUAGCUUAGCUUCCCCCCCGGCAGAUCCCGAGCAGCUGGGAUGUAGUAGUGGUUGGGUCACUGUGAAAGGGAACAUAAGGUCUCUAAAUUCCAAAUCUGUGUUAAUAAAUCAACUAAUCUCUGAUCAUCGCAUUGAUUUACUCUCCCUAACCGAAACUUGGCUGCGUCAGGAUGAAUAUGUCAGUUUAAAUGAAUCCACUCCUCCGAGCCACCUGAGCUUUCACAUUCCUUGGGACUCUGGCCGAGGUGGUGGAGUUGCAGCUAUUUACAAUUCCAGUCUUGGAAUUAACCCCAGACCAAAACUGGAUGAUAACUCUCUUGAAAGUCUUGUUCUCAGUCUUCCGCAUCCAGCCUCAAAGACCAUGAGACCACUGGUAUUUGCUAUAGGUUAUCGCCCUCCCAGCCCAUACUCUGAAUUUGUGUCAGAAUUCUCAGAGUUUCUAUCUGAUCCAGUCCGUCGUGCAGACAAAGUCAUUGUCGUUGGUGACUUUAAUAUUCAUGUGGAUGUGGAAAAUCAUAGCCUAAGCAUUUCUUUCUUGUCCUUGCUUGACUCAAUUGGGUUUACACAGUGUGUACAUAGACCUACGCACUGCUUUAACCACACCCUCGAUCUUGUCCUGGCUUAUGGCCUUGAAGCUGAAGCCUUGUCAGUCAGCUCAUUAAAUCUUCUUUUAUCGGAUCACUUUCUAGUAACUUUUGAAUUUGUGCUUUCAGGCUAUUCUCCUCAUAACAAAACCGUGCUAACUAGAAGGUUGUCUGAAAAUGCUGUGACUAAGUUCAAGGAGGCAAUUCCGUCUGCUCUAAAUUCUGUGCUUGAGAAGAACUUCACUGAUAGCUCAUACUUGAACAUCAGUCCCUUGCAACAGUUCGUCGAUAAUACCUCAGGCACAUUGCGAUCAAUUCUUGACACAGUUGCUCCUCUUCGGCAGAAAACUCUUACACGCGAGAGGCUGGCUUCAUGGUAUAAUGCUGUAACCCGUGAGCUUCAACAGUUAUCAAGAAGACGAGAAAGGACUUGAUGCUCUUCCAAAACAGCUGAAGCUCGUUUUCUCUGGCAGGAAUGUCUCGAUAAGACCUUACGAUGUGCUGGAACAACUUACUACUCGUCUCUUAUUGAGGACAAUAAGAAUAACCCCAGAUAUCUCUUCAGCACUGUAGCCAGGCUAACGGACUGUCAGAGCACCACUGAACCAUGUAUCCCAUUAGCCCUCAGCAACGACGACUUCUUGAGCUUCUUCAAUGAAAAAAUCUUAGAAAUAAGAGGUAAAAUUAGUAACCUCUUGCCUUCGUCAGGUGUCUCUCUCUUAGAUAACCCUGAAAUUGUUGAGGAGCCCCUAAGGCCUCUGGUGCACCUUAGUAACUUUGCACCUACUGACCUUCCUGAGUUAAAGUCAGUGGUGUUGGCAGCCAAACCAUCUACGUGUCUUUUGGACCCAAUUCCAUCUAAACUGCUGAAGGAAACUCUUCCUUUGAUUAGUACGUCCUUGCUUAACUUGAUCAACACAUCUUUAUUAACAGGAUAUGUUCCCCAGUCUUUCAAGACUGCAUUGAUUAAGCCUCUCCUUAAAAAACCUACUCUUGACUCAAGCACCCUCGCUAAUUAUAGACCAAUAUCCAACCUUCCUUUUAUUUCUAAAGUCCUAGAGAAAGUUGUUGCGAAUCAACUUUGUGAUUUUCUUCAUAACAACGGUUUAUUGGAGGAUUUCCAGUCUGGAUUUAGAACCCAUCACAGCACAGAGACUGCUUUGCUGAAGGUGACAAAUGACCUACUCAUGGCUUCGGACAGUGGUCUUCCCUCUGUUCUUGUCCUGUUGGAUCUUAGUGCUGCAUUUGAUACGGUCGACCACCGCAUCCUGCUUCAGAGACUGGAACAAUCUAUCAGCAUAGCAGGAUCUGCUCUUUUCUGGUUUAAAUCUUAUCUAACGGAUUGAUCCCAGUUUGUCCAUGUUAAUAAUGAAUCCUCUGUGCACACCAAGGUCUGCUACGGAGUCCUGCAAGGGUCAGUGAUUGGACCGAUCCUAUUUACCUUGUACAUGCUUCCUCUGGGUAAAUUAUGAGGAAGUACUCGAUUAAUUUCCACUGCUAUGCAGAUGAUACCCAGCUAUACUUAUCCAUGAAGCCAGAAGAAGCAAACCAGGUUACCAAAUUAGAAGCUUGUCUCAAAGAUAUAAAAUCCAGGAUGACCAACAACUUUCUGAUGCUCAACUCAGACAAAACUGAAGUUCUUGUCCUAGGUCCUAAACACCUUAGAGAGGCAUUCUCUAAUAAUAUAGCUACACUAGAUGGCAUCAGUCUGGCAUCCAGCCCCACUGUGUGAAAUCAGGAUUUGUCCUUUAGAAUAGAAUAGAAUAGAAUAGAAUAUUCCUUUAUUGAUCCCUAAUGGGGAUUUUUUUUUGUCACAGCAGCAUCACAGACAAAGAGUGCAAAAAUGCAGUUAUAAAAAUAAAGAUCAUAAUAUUAAGAACUUAAAUAAAUGUAAUAUUAAGAAAAAAAUUUGAAAAAGGAAAAAGGGAGAAGAAAAAUAAACUAUAUACAAUAUACACAAUUUAAAUGCCAGAAAAAAGUGGUGGUGUGAGUUCAGUUUUAUUACAGUUCGUUGUAAAGUCUUAUUGCAGAAGGGAGGAAUGACCUGCGGUAGCACUCCGUCUUGCAAAGUGGAAGUCUAAGUCUGCUGCUGAAGGAGCUGCUUAAAGCCCCCACAGUCUGGUGUAGUGGGUGAGAGGGAUUGUCCAUGAUGGAUAAAAGCUUUGCUAACAUCCCCCUCUCACCCACCUCCUCCAGGGAGUCCAAAGAACAGUCCAGGACAGAACUGGCCCUCCUGACCAGUCUAUUCAGUCUCUUCCUGUCCCUCUUGGUGCUCCCCGCCACCCAGCAGACCACUGCAUAGAAAAGUGCAGAUGCUACCACAGAGUCACAGAAAGUCCUGAGCAGAGUCCUGCACACUCCAAAAGAGAGCACUGUCCCCUGUGGAGCCCCCGUGCUGCAGACCACCAUGUCCGACAUGGCUCCCACAUUCAACAAACCUCUAGGAUAGCUUUUUUCCACCUGCGCAAUAUCUCAAAAAUUAGGCCUAUCCAGUCUCAGAGUGAUGCAGAAAAACUAGUCCAUGCCUUUGUUACCUCUAGGCUGGAUUACUGUAAUUCUGUCUUAUCAGGCUGCUCCAGUAAGUCUUUAAGGACUCUUCAGCUGGUCCAAAAUGCAGCAGCUCAGGUAUUGACUAGAACCAGAAAAAGGGAGCACAUCUCUCCUGUCUUAGCCUCUCUUCAUUGGCUCCCUAUUAAAUCUAGAAUUGAGUUUAAAAUCCUCCUUAUGACAUAUAAAGCGCUUAACAGCCAGGCUCCAUCAUAUCUCGACGAGCUUGUUAUACCUUACUUUCCGUCUAGACCAGGGGUCCCCAAACUUUUUCCUGUGAGGGCCACAUAACUUUUCCCUUCUCUGCUGGGGGGUCAGGGUCAGUUUGUAACAGGAAAAGUGUGACGGUCACAGGGGUGCCUCAAUGUAAAUAUUUAUUGUUUUCCAGAAACCAGGAAAUAAAUAACACUAUUAAUGAAAUAAACAACAUUAUCAUAACAUAAGUAAUAACAAAAUAACCCUCUCUGGGAUCUUUACAGAAAAAAAGUCAGGAAAUAAUUAAAACUAUCUGUGAAAUAAAUAAUAACAAAAUAACCCUCUCCGGGAUCUUUACAGAAAAAAGGUAGGAAAUAAAUAAAACUAUCUGUAAAAUAAAUAAUAACAAAAUAUCCCUCUCUGGGUUCUUCACAGAAAAAAAGAUAGGAAAUAAAUAAAACUAUCUCUGAAAUAAAUAACAAAAUAUCCCUCUCUGGGUUCUUCACAGAAAUAAAGUAAAUUGAACAAUAACUUUCGGUUGUGCUAUGCACAAUCUUAACAGGUAUAAAGGUAACUUAGAUGUCAGAGCAGAAUCUUUUACUCAAAUGACUCAUAUGAGCAGUCUCUCAAAAUUUUUGUGUUCCUCCCUUAUAGUCCUUUUGUAGGUUCCAGUAGGCUUGUAGACACCACUGUUUGCAGCUCUCUCUCAUCAACUUCCCAGUGAAAACAACAAAGAAAGCAGGCUAAGAAACUGAACUAAGUGAUACAGCACGUACAUAGCACAAUACAUUUGACUACCAGUAUGGUUGUGGAGAUGUUGAUUUUAUCCCAGUAGAUUUUAUUAUGAUUAAAUUUAUUUAUACUCAGAAUGACUCAUUCAAGUCAGAAAAGUGAGCUUACCUGUGUAUGUUCAUCAGUGUGAACUGUGAGCCUGCAUCUGGCUGGUGAGAAGUUGAAUGUCAGGUUCCAUUCUAGUCACGGCCAGUCGCAAACACUGAUGCAGAUGUUCAUCUGUCAUUCUUGAUCUCAUCGGAUUUUUCAGGUGUUUCAUGUGUGAAAAGGUUUGCUCGCAGAUAUACGUGCUGCCAAAAAUUGUAAACAUCUUCAUUGCGUGUUUUUUUAUGUUAGGGUACGUGUCGUUUGGGAGGGCGGCAUAGAAGUCAAUGAGACUGCUGGGCUUGAAUGCGUCUUUCAGAACAUCACAGUUCUGUAACUCGGCCAACUCAAACUGAAAAAGAGUCUGGGCCUCAUCGAUGUCGGCAAGAAAGGGGUUCUGGAAAAGACGGAUGUCUUUUGCGUUAACAUGUAGUUGCCGGAAUCGCGCACCGAACUCUGCCUUCAGCAUUUCCAGUGCUUCCACACACUUUUCCGCUGGGAACGGGACUGCUGGGUUCUCUGCAGAGACGUUUUGGGUGACAGGGAGAUGGAUGAAGUUGUGCUUUUUCACUUGUUGCAAAAGCAGCCCAAGUUUCACCUCGAAUGCUUUUAUGUGAGAAUACAUGUCGCAAAUGAGUUUCCCCUUGCCUUGUAGCUGCAUGUUAAGGCUGUUCAGCAUUUCUGUCACGUCUGUUAAAAAUGCGAGGUGCCAUUUCCAUUCUAAGUCGAUCAGCUCCGGGACUGUUUUGUCUUUAGAGUGAAGAAAUGCGUAAAUUUCGGGUAGCAGCUCGUAAAAACGCCUCAUAACUCUGCCCCGGCUUAACCAUCGGACCUCCGUGUAGUACAUCACAUCGCUGUGCGCCGACUCCAGUUCAAAGAGGAAUUGUUGGAACUGCCUGUGGGCAAGUCCCUUUGCUCUGAUGUUUAUGCAUGACACCACAACCUUCAUGACAGAAUCCCACUUCAACACUUUGCAGCACAGUGCUUGCUGGUGAAUUAGGCAGUGGACUUGCAGCGGGGCGGUGAGACCGCGUUCUUCCAUCAGACCAGACUAAAAAAAAAAAAUCAUAAUGCCUCUCUGCUAUUGGUCAGGGGGCCGGUCCAAAUGUGGGGGCGGGCCGUAGUUUGGGGACCACUGGUCUAGACCAUUACGUUCACAGUCUGCAGGCCUGCUCGUUGUACCAAAUGUCUCUAAAAGUAGUAUUGGAGGAAGAGCUUUCAGCUACCAGGCACCUCUCCUCUGGAAUCAUUUACCACUCGAGGUUCGGGGGGCAGACACCCUCUCAACUUUCAAGAGUAGACUUAAAACGUUCCUCUUUGAUAAAGCUUAUAUUUGGGGCUGAUUUGAACCAGCUCUUAGUUAUGCUGCGAUAGGUUUAGACUGUCAGGGUUAUCUGGCACACUGAGCUAGAGUCUGUCUCUAUCGCUCCUUUAGAUCUUUAUGCCCCAUAUAAGUCACUAACCAGAUUUCUCUCUCUCUGAGGGUCUCUGAGUCUCUUAGCUUCCACUGGACUAAUACUGCAGACGAUCUGCUGCGGAACUGCCUGACCCCAGCUGCAUAAUCCUUGAUUGCCCACCUUAGGCCCUGAGCUCCUCCAUCUCUUAGGCUCCUCUGGACCGUUGCUGCAGACACCCCCAGCCCCCUAGGUUGCUCUGGGCUGAUGGCUGCUGCAGACAUGCCUGACUCUAGCCGCAUCGUCUAUGAUUGUCCGCCUCAGGCCCUGAGCUCCUUCUUCUCUUGGAUUCCUCUGGACUGUUACUGCAGACAUGAACAUCAGCCUCACUGACAUUAAUAACAUAAAACUAGAGUUGACUACGAUUAGGCCUGCUGACUGUAAUCACAUUUAAUCAAUUUAACAUAGUCCAUAAUUACUCAUAUCCUAACCCUGUAAACUGAAUUUAUUUUGUUUCACCAUUACAUGAGCUGUUGUUGUUGUUGCUGUUGUUGCUGCUGUCCCCUGUCUCUCUCUCACCCUUGUUCCUUACUCUCUCACCCUCACUCUCCUUACUCAUUCUCUCUCUCCUUCCCCUUAUCUUGUUCUCUCUCUCUCUCUCCUCUCUCCCCCUCCAUCUCUCUACAUUCCUCCCCAACCCAGCAGCUGCAUGGUGGCUGUCUAACAUGAGGCUGGUCCUGCCUGAGGUUUCUGCCUGUUAAAAGGAAGUUUUUCUUGCCACUGCUACUCAUGUUAGAUGAGAUGGGCCAAAUCCCAUCUUAGGUUGGUUCUUGAUCAUCAAACAAUGAGCGUGGUCUAGACCUGCUCUUGUUCUUUGAAAAGCGUCUUGAGAUGACGACUGUUGUGAAUUGGCGCUAUAUAAAUAAAAUUUGAUGAUGAUUUGAUGAUUUGAUGAUGACAUAACAAAACAAAGCGAUAUUUAUCAAUCAAUCAAUCAAUCAAUCAACUUUAUUUCUAUAGCACAUUUAAAAGAACCACAAGGGUGGCCAAAGUGCUGUAAAAUGACACAUAAAACAAAUAAACAAAUAUAUUACCAAAUGUCAUCAACUUUUAGCUAUUGACUGAUAUUAAAAGAUUUUUUGUAUAUACACCACAAAAAAGAUACUUCUUUAAUGGAUUCCCGCCUACCCCACCUUUAAGUCAUCAAUUUGAGGAAAUUAAUACAAAGACUUAUGAACAGAUAUGUAUGAUAAAAGGUGUGGCUGAGCGGACUCACAGGUGGGCAUGAUGUAGCUGGGCACCAGGAGGCCCGCCUCAGCUCCACCCCUCAGUCUAUUUCUAGGUCAAAGCAACAUUUCUGAUAUGGCAUCCUUUAACUUGAAGACACUUCAUCAGAAAGUCUGCUCCACCAAACAUCUCAUAACAAGCAUGUUGUUGAAGUUGACCUGAAUGAACCUCAUGAUGAUACAAUUAUCUGCACCCUCAGGUCCUAGGCUUCAAUGAGAGAGAUCAACCAAAGAAGCCAGGGGAGCAGAUGCAGAUGCAGUCCCAGCAGGUGAGCAGACAGCCAGAUAUGGUGACAAAGACAGGAUGAAAACAAUGAUGAGUUAUAGGAAUUAUCUGUCACCUGUUAAGAGGAUCAGAGUGAAUGUUUAGCCUCAAAUAAAGCAGAUAUAUGCAGCAGAUAGAAAACUGUCUUUUCUUAAAUUUGUGAUGUAUAAGAUGGCUAAAGUGUGUGACCACCUUCAUUAAAAUCCUGCUUGCUUAUUUUUGGUUUGUUCUUGACUUUACAGAUUGACUUUACAUAAUUUUGUAAUCAUGUCUGUAAAAUCAUAUAUGUAAUUUAUUUUCCUUGAUCAAGUACAUGCAGGCUCGCACCCAGGUGCUGCUGUGAUUUUCUGCAUUUAUCACUAAUGCCAAACAUAAAAAGACCAAUGGUAAAAAAUGUUAUGUCCAUGGAAAUCUUCAAUACAAACUUCAUUCAACCAGCAGUUAGUCUUGAUGAAAAAUAACUUGACAGGGUCUAAAAUAAACACCUAUUAAUGUAAAAUGUGGGUAGAUAUUCUGCAGAACUCAACAUCAGCCAUAUCAUGUCAGGUUUCCACAGCGCAACAUUUACCUUUCAAACAUGGACACUAGAGAUGGGAUUUAUGGCUCUUUGAUCUCUUUGACCGGAUCUUGAGGAGUUGUUCCUGGCUCAUUGUUAUGCUUAUUUAUUUUUUAGAAGUCAACCAGGGGUACACAUUGGUGGAGAAAAUUCAGAAAUAUUGACUAUAAUUUCAUUUGGCUUGUAUUUUCAUUGUGAACAUUCCACAAAGUGGUGCCAAAUCCCCAUGCUCUGACAGGAAGAUCAGUGUUUUGGAUUUUUUCCUCACCUUAAAAAACUUUAUGGCACAAUAAACUAAUCCACCUGUAGGACUAAUAAGGGGAUCUUAUCUUAGACAGGCUACAUAUAACGGAUAAAAAUGAAGACGUAAUAAAAAUGUAAUGCUAAACUGCCCUACCUGGUUUUUGGGGCACACAGCUGACUCCUGAUGACAGGAUGGGCAAUUUGCAAUAGUAAACGGCUCACAAACGAACACUUUGCCACUGUGAACUGGUUCUCAUUGUUCACUUAAAAGAGUCGUUCAAACGAUUGACUCAUAGGCAGACAUAAAAUCUCUGAUGGACACCAAAACACACAUAAUACCAACUCAUAACUGAUGAGUCCUCAAAUGACCUGAAAGUGAAGUCUCUGAGGAUAACAACUUAUCCCUAUGUUAGAAGCAAAACAAACAGCAGGCAAAGCCUUGUGGUGCUGCUUGGUAUGGAAGCAGUAUCAGUAGUACAUUUACUUGACUUUGACUGUAGCAUAACCCUGAUUCACCUAACCACCCACUCCAAAGGCAUCAGCUCUCAGCUGGAACAUUAUCAUUCUCCUAAUUGAAAGGGGAAACAAUAGGAUCACUUUUAAGGUUUAAAAACUGUUGCAAUCAUAGACUAUAUAUGUCUGUGUUCUCAUUAUUUCAGCUGGCAAACUGGAAGGCCACAAUAUUAAUAUUAAAGUCAUGUUAUAUAAACAUAAUAUAAAACUGUCAAAGCUGUUUAAUGCUCUGCCUUACCUCACUGUGUCUUCAACAUGUACGUCUUCUGUGGCUCUUCCACAGACCGGUGGUGUUAAGGAUGUCCAUGCUGAAUUUGGCAAUCUGCUCACCUUACUCAACGACCCGAGCGCCCUUUACUCCCUUGUUACUGCAAACAGACUGUACGGGGAUCAGUCCUUCAAGUUUCAUGAGGUGAGUGUUCAGGUUAACUGGAUUAUAAUAACAGAUGUGGCUGUGAGAUUAUUCAGUUUAGCCUAGAACAAACUUAGGGCUCUAUUUUCAUGCCUGCCGGCGGUACAGCGGAGGCCGGCAGACCCCGCGCAAUCAUGGUAUUUUGGUCUGGCAGAGCCCGAUGCACAGCCAGUUUGGUAUUUUCAUAGACUGAGGCGCGCCGAGGUCCGCCAAGCUGGGCGUGGAUGCGUGGUAGGGGGAGGUGUCGAUAGAAUCAGCUGGUGCAGUGACAUUUUCGUGCUGGCUGGCGGGGAAAAAAAGUGCACUGAAAGCUCGCCGAUUCAAACCUGGUCAGCUUUCAGCGCAGGUGGAGCGUAGCUGGUCUAGCGGUAUUUUGGUAGACUGGCGGCGUAGUGCGCAUACGUCACAGAUGCCUCACAGGCAGGUUUCCACAGUGUCAGGCACAUUUCAGUGCAAUAAAUAAUCAUCAACAACCACUAUUCAGUGCAAUUAUCUGAAUCAGCACAUACAUUUAGAUCUAUAUCAAUAUAUUCUGAUCCAUAUCUUAUCUGAUGAGCGCGUUCGGCAGGCGUUUGGACACUCAACCUGACCGAAUUAACACAGCUGAAACCGCAUUAAAUUAAAUAUCCAGUAAACAGUCACACAUGAUGUAGUUAACAAGAUAUUUAAUUCAUCUCCCCCCCCUUUUCUCCUUCUUCUUCGUGCAGCCUGAUAGGUGUUGUGCCGUAGAAUGCAUCCCCUGCAUCCCAUCCACUUAUUAGCUUCUUCAAGUGGAAGAAAAUGAUCUCAUAAAAAACAAAACAAAAUACAGGAGUAUUGGAUCAUGACAACAUGUCAAAUGGAGCAGCAAACUUUCGUUCUGUUUUUAGGUAUUUAAAAAAUGCACAUACAGAGGUGUACUUGGGUAUAUAAACUCUACAGUAAGCUGUCAAGGUAGAGAACAUUAUAUUUUUUGGGGCAGCAAAUAUUCCGAAUCAGAGGGCUAUGUUUUCGGUUAAUCUGAAUAGCCUGAAUGAAAUCAUUAAAGGCACAGGCUUUAGAAUCUAUCCAACAGUAAGGAAAACUUUGCCUUGUUCUGUACUUUCAAUUGCGCUCCUGUCAGGGGGUGCAUUCUACGGCAGGGGUGCAUUCUACUGCAGAACACCUGACAUGUCUCCGUGUCCUUUCUCCGUCCUGCUGCUCCUGCGGUGGCACGGCUGACCAGAUGGUUUAUUUUAGUGAUCAGAUGAGUUAUUAACCUCGAAAAUUUGAACAAAAAAAAAAUGAUAAUAAUAAAAUUAAAAGAAACUUUCACUCAAAAUUACAUGUUUAUCUGAUUUUUUCGCAUCAUUAAGAUUCUGUGACGAUUCAAUCCAGAGUUAGGCCCAAAUUUACUUUAUAUGCCAACAUCUAUGAAAGAAAGAGCCAGGCCAUGGAGCGCGAUGUGUCCUUUGCGCACAGGUGGUUCUGAUUUUAAUGCCAUUAUUGAAAUUUAUGUUGUGAUCUGUGCGCACAACCCACCUUUGUCUUGUGGGGUUUGAAUAUAUUGAAAGAAAAAUUGUAUGUGUAUGCUACCACAUGUGUAUUUUAUCAUUAUAUAAGUAUGUGAAUCAUGAUUUACUGAAAACUCACUUGGUGUGAAUGCUUGCAGAGUCAUAUCUGUUUCUUUUUAAUGAACAUGGGAAUGGAGAAGUAUGGCCUUGGAGUUGAGACUGAUACUUUUCUGCUGAAGCCAUGCAACUAGAUGAAUGCUAUAAUUUCACUCACAGGUUGUUGAGGUUGCCGGUGGCGGAUUUAAAGGCGAGGAGAGGAGCUUAUGUUAUUGGUCUAUACAGGUCUCGGCUGUGUUAAACCCACUCCACGCACUCUCUACGACUUGCGCCACUGGGAGGAGCUGAGCUAGGGAGGGGGGAUACUUACACCGGGCUGCGCCGCUCACCAAAAUACCAAAAUGUGCUUGGGCACACCUUGUCGGCGCGGUGGACCUGACUUACGCCACGCCUACGCCAUGCCACUGGCAAGGAACGAAAAUAGAGCCCUUUUACUGUCUUUUGCGACAACUGAACCAAAUGUUGAAAAAACAGAUUAGGUUGUAUUUAUUUUCAUAAUGAAACAAGGUAAUGGACAUAAAAACAUAAGGACAUAUUGGUAUAUGUCCAUAUGUUGAUACAUAUAUGUUAAUUUUCAAUUUCCCAUACAGAAUUGAAAUACUUUAAACCAAAAAAUAAAACUCUGUAAUUCUGAUUUGAGUUAUUACUUUUUGUGGUUUCAUCAUACAAACAUACCUUUUUUUUUGAUUCCAGAGUUUCCUGGCAGACAUCAAAGCGCACUACAGCGCUGAGUUGGAGUCUGUGGACUUCAAAACCAAAGCAGAGGAGGCCCGGAUCAACAUCAACACCUGGGUGAAGGAAAAGACACAAGGUAGAAGUGACAAUGCUGUUGAAAAUCAAUGAGGACUGUGUUGGAUAAAAAAAACAAAAAAAAAAAAACGUAAUAGAUUUAAAAAAAUACCAAACCCAUUCUUAUGUCAAAUAAACAAAAACAUAUCAAAAGUCAGAUAUGAAAAUAACAUCAUUCUUAAGAAAUGUUAUUCCUGUUUGGGUGACAGCAACAUGUUUAAAAAUCAGCUGGAGUACUUGUAAUAUAAAUCUGUGCACCAAAGGGACAAGGACCAUAAAACAAUACUGGAUAACAUUUAAGCCCUCAGAUUGCAAUGCAUUAAAAACACACAUGACUUUGUGAUGGAAAUCUCUGCAUGGGCUCUUAAUCACCUCCAAAAAACACUGCCUGUGAACACAGUUCACAGCCACAUCCACAGCACAAUGCAAAGAAGAAACUGUAUAUAGAUAUCAUCUAUAAAUGCUGGUGACUCCUCUCGACCCAAGCCUUUUUAAGAUAGAUUCAGGCAAAGUUAAAACCAUCCAAAAUAGUUGGGCAAGUUCACGUCAUUUUCACUCAGUUUCAGCCACAUCAGAAAAUGAUUUCAAAGAAAAAAAUUUUUUUCCUUUCAUACCCACUCAUUUUUUGAUCUAUAUUUACUGUAUAAACUGUGUUUCUUUAUCUUUUCUUCAAUUGUUUACAGUAGACUACUAAAUAAAUAACAUGUGAAUGCUCUGUAUCUUUGUUCUUCUCCUCUUUGUGGUAUAAUUUCCAGAAAAUAAGGAACCAAAUUUCCUUGUAAAUAAAAGUACUGUAGAGUCCAUGUGUCUGUUACUCAGUCUGAUGGAUAUUUCUCUUCAUCACCAGGUAAAAUCGAGGACCUGCUGUCUCAGGGCGCCAUAAAUGAAUUGACCAAGCUUGUGCUGGUUAACGCCAUCUACUUUAAGGGAACAUGGGAGCAAAUUUUUGACAAGGAGCUCACUAUAGAUCAUCCAUUCAGAAUAAGUAAGGUAAGACUGCUCACAGACAGAAACUGAAGGAAACAGACUAAAGAACAAAAGAUGCUAAAUAAGUGAACUUAAUAAAUCUUUUCUGUGAAGUCUUAAUGAUCUGAGCUUAUGUAACUCAGACUUUUUCUGCAGAAUUAUAGAGCAAAAAUUCAGAAGUCCUACUUACAUCAAGGCUACAUGAACAUAGAAAAAGAAGAGGAAGCUAAGACAAAGUAGACACCAGACAGUGUUGAGGCAGUGGAGGAACUUGUGUGACUAUGUUGAUACAGAAUUCAUUAGUGAAUUUUUACCUGUAAAAUGAGACACUAAUUUAUUACUUAAAAUUUUGAUUUUUCUGUAGAUUUUCCCACAAAAACUGAAUGAUGAUGAACAGUUCUGGCCCUGUUACCAGAAUUCCAACAUUAGUCUCAAAAAUCCAUCUGUCUUGAAAUUCUAUGUUCUGCUGCAGCUCUGCGUAGUGUGUGUCUUAAUUAAAGGUGAAAAAUCCACUCUUACAUGUAAAUUUAAACUUGUGAAUUUUUAAUGUAAGUUGUGUCAGUGUUAGACUGCACCAUGCAGACAUAAGGUUCAUUUUAACCAGUAAAACGUUUCGUUUAAACAAACCAAAAUAUGCUGAAAAUUAUUUUGUCACUCCAUUUGGCCAAUGAGAGAGAAGCUUUUGUUAACGGGCUGUUUACCUUUAAAAAGGCCAGUGGCUGAAAUAACUGCAGCUAACUCCCAUUAAUCAACGUUCAGCAGUGUAAUGGUAUGUAAAAUAUGGCAAAACAGUAUGAUUAGAUGAUAAUGUCUAUUGUUAAAUAACAAGUGGCCUUGGGUAAUAUAAAUGUUAAAUAUAAACUGGUACUCUGUUGUUGUGCAGGUGGAAUGAUCUCUGCUUGUUAAAAAUGAAAACAGGAGUACAAACUAAAGUCUUUACACAUUUCUGAGUGAUGUAAAUUAUCACAGAGAUGUUGCAACCACAGAACAGCCAGUAAAAUGCUCUGCUUCUCCUCAUCUUCCAAGUUAUACCAUCUUAAAAACACAUGAAGCUGUGUUUCACCAAGGUCUAUGCACCUACUCAGAGCUAUAGAGGUAAGAUGUAAACUUAUGUGGAUUGAUUAUGUUGAAACUACUUCAGCCAGUGACCUUGAACAUGAGUAUAAACUCAUAUAUAAAGUCACACUUAAACUAAGCUAGAUUGGAACUUUAACAGAGCUGGUUCGACCCAGUGCUGACCUCAGAAGUUUGAUUUUAUAAUCUGUUCUUCAGUCUACUUUUUAAAUCAGAAAACACCCAAACAGAUGUUUUGAUAGUUUGUUAUUAAUAGACAAUCAAAGUUUAUGAGUUUGAGGUACAAAAAAACACUCAACAGUUCUCUGUUCUCUCAUAGAGUGACACCAAAACUGUGAAGAUGAUGUGCAUGGAGGAGUCGUUCUUUUACAACUCCAUACCAGAGCUCAACAUCAAGGUAAUGUACCUUCAGCCUGUUGUUCAGGAUCAGCAACUUAUAUAAAGAUGGCUGACACAUCUUCCUAUCCUCCCACUAUUCAAAAGUGAAAUCAAACAUGGCAGACACUGAGAUAUCUAACUGGUGGUGACGUUCCAGGUGAUGAGUUUGUGCAGUAAGCAUUAGCGGAGCUGCAAUCAGACCCAGCAGGGGAAACCCAUUUGUUGGUGGUUAUUAAAGUUUCUUGGAGGGGCGCAAUAAUCUGGAAUAGUGACAGGUGCUUGACUUGUGUCUAUUAUGAAACUCUAUGCCUAUGCCCUGCUCACUAUCUCACUGAACUGAAGCAUUUGGAAAUACAUUUAAUAAUGCAGGUGUAGAUCCUCGGCUGUAAGGAUUUCUCUCGAUAUGAGCCUUGUAUGGGUUCAGUUCAACGCUUACCCCCUCGAAGAUUUAGCAUCUAUGUUAAAAGACAGCUAAACACAUUGCCACUAAAUGCUAUAUGCUGUUCCAAUGCUUCCUGUGGAAACGGGUAUUGUAUUCUGAUUAUCUAGUUCGACUCAUGCCUCUUCUGUUACCGUGGAGAGGGAGGCUGUUGUGACCUCUAUGACCAGCCAGCCAGUAGGGGAAGCACGAAAUGUUUUUUUUCAUCCAUACUUUUUAUUCAGCCUAUGAUCAAGAUGAAGAAAUCAGAUUUCAUCAUGGUUAAAGAAUAACAAUCUUUUGAACAGAUCCUUGAAAUGCCUUACAAAGGAAGAGACCUCAGCAUGCUCAUCUUCCUGCCUGAUGACAUUGAGGACGACACCACAGGCCUGGAGAAGGUAGAGAACCACACACACACACACACACACACACACACACACACACACACACACACACACACACACUGUACGUGUAACUAUAAAAUAAACAGACUGACUGAUUGCUGUUGUUUUAUCCACACCAGCUGCAGAAGGAGCUGACCUAUCAAAACUUUGAGCAGUGGACAGAAAAGAUGGAUCAUGGUCAGGUGGAGGUGAAAUUUCCUCGGUUCAAGUUGGAAGAGACGUACAGCAUGGUGGAAACCCUGAAGAAGUUGGGAAUGACGGAUCUUUUCAGCUCCUUGAGUGAUUUUUCAGGUCAGAAAUAAAAAUAUACUUUAGGAUGUUGUUCAAAGAGAAAAAAAUUAUGUUCACUAUAACAUUUUCUAAUUCAUUAUUUGUAAAAAAUCAGCUUUCUCUGUCUCCCCCUGUGCAGGCAUGUCUCCAGUCAAGGGCCUGGCUGUAUCUGAAGUGGUUCACAAGGCGUUUGUGGAUGUGAACGAGGAGGGGACAGAGGCGGCAGCUGCCACUGGUGUCAUAAUGACGUUGGAGUGUGCUUAUAUUGGGAAGCCCUUUUCCUUCGUGGCAGACCACCCCUUCCUCUUCUUCAUCAAACAUAAACCCAGCAAAACCGUCCUCUUUGCAGGCAGAUACUGCAACCCAAAGUAAACUCUGGAGAACGUCUGCAGACAUGAGAUGUGAAGGGGGUUGAUAUGUGACACCCCAGCAUCAUUUGUAAGGGAGUAGAUUGAGAUGGUUAUUUGGUCUCUUUGUGGUCACUCUUCUAAACUUUUGGUUGUUUUCUGUUUUGGUUUCUUUCAUUUUAUUGAAUUGCUUUUUUGGGGGGUUUAUUUAGUUCAUUUUGCAAGCUUUGUGUUUGCAUCAUUUAAGUUUCUAAUGUCUAUAUGGUGACUUUGUCUUUUCACAAAUUUUGUUCACUCUUUCUUUUUUGCCACAUUUUUUCUACUUUAUUAUGGCUCUUAAAUUUUCUGUGUUCUCUGUGAAGUUGAUUCUAGAGUCUUAAAACACUGAAUUAGACUCAUGAGAGUCAGAUAUAUCCACUAACUUCAUAUCCUCUAAAAGAAGAUGGAGAAUUUCUGCUAUUGACUAUUCAAAUUUUUGAGCUGUGCUUUGGGAGAGCUUCUGCGUCAAAACUGUACUGCUGUGCAUAAAAACAUACAUAUGUCUGCUUUGAUAUAUCAUUGAAAUGUAUUGUGUGCAUUUUGAGAGCUGCCCUUGUACCAAAGCCACUCUGAAGACAUUAGCAUAAUGCAAACAGUCAUUACUGUAAUGUCAAGGGUUCAGAGGGUAUAAAUGUAACUAUGGAGCAUCUUUGAUAGAUUUGAUCAGUUGUUUCCACGAUGGUGGCUGCAGC